ACAUGACAAUAAAUUGCCUUGAAUCUUUAAUUAUGCAUUAGCAUUGAUGAAGACAAUACUUGACAAUAAGAUCACUCGCGGUUAUAUUUCCAUGAUUGCGCUGGGAGUCUCCAGAUGAACACCAGACCACAAAUGAUAGCAGGUGGAGAUGCGCUUUAUUGAUAUCCGCACCGUAAGGGCGUUUCUCGGAGCUCCCCUUCCCUCCACCUGAGCUGCUCCGCUGCAGAUGCGUCAGCGCACCCUCCUCACUCGGCAGGGCUGGGGCUGCGGCCGGCGGCUGCCACCGGGACUCCUGACUGCACGCAUCACGCCUUAAGCUCUGCAGACAUCCGAGGACACCGUCGCUCUCGAGCCGCCUUCCAGGUUUCCUUUAGAAGCGGACAAACAGAAGAGGAGUCGCCCGGAGAGGGCAGGUUCGCGUCCUGGUAACAUGCCGGACCCGCAGCGGCUGCUUUCCGCUCCUAGGCGCAGCUAGCCGCGCACGGCACCCGGUAGGCCUGCCACAGUCGACGAACCGAUGGAGCCUGAGUGACGUGCCAUGGCCCUAACGAUCCCUCCGGUGAAGCUCAAAUGGCUGGAGCACCUCAACAGCUCCUGGAUCAGCGAGGACAGCGAGUCCAUCGCCACGCGGGAGGGGGUGUCUGUGCUUUACUCCAAGCUGGUGACCAACAAGGAGGUGGUUCUGCUGCCUCAGCAGGUGCUCUGCCUCAAGGGCCCUCAGCUACCGGAUUUCGAGCGCGAGUCGCUCUCCAGCGACGAGCAGGAGCAUUACCUGGACGCCCUCCUGAGCAGCCAGCUGGCCCUGGCCAAGAUGGUGUGCUCGGACUCGCCGUUCGCCGCGGCGCUGCGCAAGCGGCUGCUGGUGCUGCAGCGCAUCUUCUACGCCCUCUCCAACAAGUACCACGACAAGGGCAAGGUCAAGCAACAGCAGCACUCGCCCGAGAGCAGCACGGGAGCCGCCGACCUGCACUCAGUGAGUGAGCGGCCGCGCUCCAGCACCGACGCGCUCAUCGAGAUGGGCGUCCGCACGGGGCUUAGCCUUCUCUUCGCGCUGCUGCGGCAGAGCUGGAUGAUGCCGCCCCCGUCGCCGGGGCUCAGCCUCUGCAACGACGUCAUCCACACCGCCAUAGACGUCAUCAGCUCCCUGCCGCCGCUGUCGCUGGCCAACGAGAGCAAGAUCCCGCCCAUGGGACUGGACUGCCUGGCCCAAGUGACUACCUUCUUAAAGGGGGUGACCAUGCCAAACUCGGGGGCCGACAUCGUGGGUCGCCGGCUGGCUUCGGAGCUGCUCCUGGGCCUGGCUGCCCAGAGGGGCUCCCUGCGUUACCUCCUGGAGUGGAUAGAGAUGGCGUUGGCGGCGGCCGCCGUGGUCCGCACCAUGGAGCAGAGCAAGGCGUCCCCCAGCCAGGAGGGCCUCAUCGGCUACGACUGCUUCAUGAACAUCCUACUGCAGAUGCGCCGGUCUUUGGGCUCUUCAGGAGACAGGAGUCACUGGAGGGAGCCCACACGCACGCCCGAUGGGCUCUGCUCUCUGUAUGAAGCGGCUCUCUGUCUCUUUGAGGAGGUCUGCAGGAUGGCGUCCGACUACUCGAGGACGUGCGCGAGCCCUGACAGCAUCCAGACGGGGGAGGCGCCCAUCGUGUCGGAGACCUGCGAGGUCUACGUCUGGGGUAGCAACAGCAGCCACCAGCUGGUGGAGGGCACCCAGGAGAAGAUCCUGCAGCCCAAACUGGCCGCGAGCUUCGCCGACGCACAGACGAUCGAGGCCGGGCAGUACUGCACCUUCGUCAUCUCGUCUGACGGCUCGGUGCGGGCCUGCGGGAAGGGCAGCUAUGGCCGGCUCGGCCUGGGCGACUCCAACAACCAGUCGACCCUUAAGAAGCUGACCUUCGAACCCCACCGAGCCAUCAAGAAGGUGUCUUCAUCCAAGGGCUCGGACGGCCACACCCUGGCCUUCACCACGGAGGGCGAGGUAUUCAGCUGGGGGGACGGCGAUUACGGCAAGUUGGGCCACGGAAAUAGUUCCACGCAGAAGUACCCCAAGCUCAUCCAGGGGCCUCUUCAAGGAAAGGUGGUGGUGUGUGUGUCGGCGGGGUAUAGGCACAGCGCUGCCGUCAGCGAGGACGGAGAGCUCUACACCUGGGGGGAAGGAGAUUUCGGGAGAUUAGGGCAUGGAGACAGUAACAGCCGAAACAUCCCGACCCUGGUGAAGGACAUCAGCAACGUGGGUGAGGUGUCCUGCGGAAGCUCUCACACCAUCACGCUGUCCAAGGACGGCCGCACCGUCUGGUCUUUCGGAGGCGGCGACAACGGAAAACUGGGGCACGGCGACACUAACCGGGUGUACAAACCCAAGGUGGUGGAAGCGCUGCAGGGCAUGUUCAUCCGGAAGGUCUGUGCCGGGAGCCAGUCUUCUCUCGCCCUCACAUCCACGGGACAGGUCUACGCGUGGGGGUGCGGCGCUUGCUUGGGCUGCGGCUCCUCCGAGGCCACAGCUCUCAGACCAAAGCUCAUCGAUGAACUCGCCACGACAAGAGUGGUGGACAUCUCGAUCGGAGACAGCCACUGCCUGGCCUUGUCUCAUGACAAUGAAGUAUACGCCUGGGGUAACAACUCCAUGGGGCAGUGUGGUCAGGGCAACUCUACUGGCCCCAUCACCAAGCCCAAGAAGGUCAUUGGCCUGGACGGGGUGGCCAUCCAGCAGAUCUCUGCAGGGACGUCACACAGCCUGGCGUGGACAGCCCUGCCCAGGGACAGGCAAGUGGUGGCCUGGCAUCGGCCGUACUGUGUGGACCUGGAGGAGAGCACCUUCUCGCACCUGCGCUCCUUCCUGGAGCGCUAUUGCGACGGCAUCAACAGCGAGGUUCCGCCCCUGCCCUUCCCGUCGUCACGGGAGCAUCAUAACUUCCUGAAGCUGUGUCUGAAGUUGCUGUCCAAUCACCUGGCCUUGGCCCUGGCGGGGGGCGUGGCCACCAGCAUCCUGGGGCGCCAAGCCCGGCCGCUGAGGAACCUGCUCUUCCGCCUCAUGGACUCGUCCGUGCCUGAUGAAAUCCAGGAGAGCGUCAUAGAGACCUUGUCCGUGGGGGCCACCAUGCUGCUGCCUCCUCUCCGCGAGCGGAUGGAGCUGCUGCACUCCCUGCUGCCCCAGGGGCCUGACAGAUGGGGCAGCUUAUCUAAAGGACAGAGGAUGCAGCUGGACAUCAUCCUGACCAGCCUGCAGGACCACACCCACGUGGCCUCGCUGCUGGGGUUCAGCGCUCCUCAGGACAGCCCCGAGACGGCGCCCUUUGGCCUGGCUGCUGACACACCCUACGGCGCCCCCGAGGGCCACCCCGACACACACCUGGCCGAGAUCCUGAUGAAGACCCUGCUGAGGAAUCUGGGCUUCUACACGGAUCAGGCCUUCGGGGAGCUCGAGAAGAACAGCGACAAGAUCCUCCAGGGGACGUCGUCUGCGGACAGCAACCAGCCGGCCCACCUGCAUGAGCUGCUGUGCUCGCUGCAGAAGCAGCUGCUCGCCUAUUGCCACAUCAACAGCGUCACUGAGACCUCUAGCAGUGUGGCUCUGUUGCACAAGCAUCUCCAGCUCCUGCUGCCUCACGCCACGGACAUCUUCUCCCGCUCAGCCGCGCUGCUGAAGGAGAGCUCUUGGAAUGGCGGUGUCCGGGAGAAACUGAGAGACGUGCUGUACGUGUCGGCGGCCGGCAGCAUGCUGUGUCAGAUCGUCAGCUCCCUGCUGCUACUGCCCGUGUCCGUGGCCCGGCCCUUGCUCCGCUCCUUGUUGGACCUGCUGCCCCCGCUGGACCGUCUCAACCGACUGCUGCCGGCAGCCAGCCUGCUGGAGGACCAGGAGCUGCAGUGGCCCCUUCACGGCACCCACGACUUGGUGGAUCCCGCGGGCACGCCGCUGCCCCAGCCGGCACAGUCCUGGGUGUGGCUGGUAGACCUGGAGCGCACGGUGGCCCUGCUGGUGGGCCGCUGCCUGGGGGGCAUGCUGCAGGGGGCCACCACCUCCCUGGAGGAGCAGGACAUGGCCUACUGGCUGAAGACGCCGCUCUUCAGUAACGGACUGGAGAUGGACAUCCCUCAACUUGAUCACUGCAUCACCUCCUUGCUGGAGGCGGCCCUGUCUGGCAACGAGGAGAAGAAGCCCUUUGAAUGCACCUUACGUCCCGGGUUGACCAUGCUGGUGGAUCUGGCCUUGGGUUCGACCAAGGAGCCCACCAACAGCCUGUGGAUGAACAUGCAGGACUAUGCUGUCAGCAAAGACUGGGAUAGUGCUACGUUGAGCAAUGAGUUGCUCCUGGAUACGGUGUCCAGGUUCAUCUUGGCCGCGUUGCUGAAGCACACUGGGCUGCUGGGCCAGGCUUGCGGAGAGGGGAGGUACCAGCCCUGUAAGAGCCUAACUGAGGUUUACCGCAGCGUGUACAAAGUCCGCAACCGACUGCUGGCCUGUAAAAACAUGGAGCUCAUCCAGACGCGCUCAUCGUCUCGGGACAGGCGGAUUUCAGACAACCAGGAGUCCCUGGAGAUGGACCCCCAGGAGCACACCUUCACGCGCACCAUCGACGAGGAGGCGGAGCUGGAGGAGCGGGCCGACCGGGACCGCGAGCGGGAGCGAGAGGAGGGCCACCCGGAGCAGGAUGAAGAGGAGGAGGAGCGUGAGGUCAUGACGCCCGGGAAAAUCUUUCAAUGUUUCCUCUCAGCGCGGGAAGUGGCUCGCGGCCGCGAGCGCGAUCGGGCCAGCGGCAGCGGGGGCAGCGCCCUGGGCUCCAGCCCCGUGCCCCGAGGGCAGGAGGACCCCCCCCACGCCCCGGCGGACCGGCGUGGCAGCUCCGGGCUCCCCGAGGGACAGGACCUGUACACGGCGGCCUGCAACUCGGUCAUCCACCGCUGUGUGCUGCUGGUGCUGGCCGUGAGCCCAGUUCUGGCUGAGCCAUUGAAGCAGCACCAGGAGGACGGGCCUGUCCCAGGACCGAGCGGCAGCUCCCAGGAGGUGCUGGGCAUCAUGACCAGGAGCGAGAGCCUGAGCGCCGAGAGCCGUGCGGUGCAGGCCAGCCCCAGCUUCAGGCUCAUCAAGUCCCGGAGCGAGUCAGACCUGUCCCAGCCCGAGUCUGAUGAGGAGGGCUAUACACUGAGUGGAAGAAGAAACGUGGACUUGGACUUGGCCUUUUCUCACAAAAAGAGAGGGCCACUGCACAGUUCUCCGGAGACCCUGGCCGACUCCUGGGUCCGAGCCAAGCACAGCCGAGACCACCUGUACGAUCUGCCGGGUUCCUACGAAGACUCGGACCUGGACCUCAGCAAGUCGCUGGGAGUGCACGUGAUCAUAGAGAACGUCGUCAGCUUUGUCAGUGGCGACGUGGGGAAUGCUCCGGCCUUCAAGGAGCCCGAGGAGAGCAUGUCCACCAGCCCGCAAGGCACCAUCAUCGCCAUGGAGCAGCAGCAGAGCCGGGCUGAGCGGCGCCUCGAGGCCCUGCAUCAGAUCGUGGUGCUCAUAUCCGGCAUGGAGGAGAAGAGCAGCCAAGACAUGGGCGCGGGCUGCCUAGGGGCCAGUUUCCAGUCAGCCUCACUUCUCACCUCUGUCAGGCUGCAGUUCCUGGCCGGCUGCUUCGGCCUGGGCACCGUGGGCACCGGGGUGGCCAAAGGAGAGAGCGUCCAGCUCCAUCACUACCAGGAUGGCAUUAGAGCUGCAAAGAAGAGCAUCCAGGUGGACAUUCAAACAGCAGUGCACAAGAUCUACCAGCAGCUCUCCCUGACCCUGGAGAGAGCCCUGCAGGCCAACAAGCACCACAUAGAAGCACAGCAGCGCCUACUGCUGGUGACGGUGUUCGCGCUGAGCGUGCGCUACCAGCCGGUGGACGUGUCCCUGGCCAUUUCCAGCGGGCUGCUGAAUGUGCUGUCUCAGCUCUGUGGCACAGAGACCAUGCUGGGCCAGCCGCUGCAGCUGCUGCAGAAGCCUGGGGUGUCCCAGCUCAGCACGGCCCUCAAGGUGGCCAGCACCCGGCUGCUGCAGAUCCUGGCCAUCAGCACUGGGACGUAUGCUGAUAAGCUGAGCCCCAAGGUGGUGCAGUCCCUCCUGGACCUGCUGUGCAGUCAGCUGAAGAACCUGCUCUCUCGAGCGGGCGUGAGCUUGCUGCCUGGAGACAGGGACCAUGAGGAGAAGAAAUCCGAGGAGAGCUCCGACCCAGAAAAGAAGGAUUUCCGAGCUCUCCUUCGUAAACAGCACACAGCGGAGUUGCAGCUGGGAGAUUUUUUGGUUUUUCUUCGGAGGGUGGUGUCCUCCAAAGCCAUCCAGUCCAAAAUGGCCUCCCCAAAGUGGACAGAGGUGCUUCUCAAUAUUGCGGCGCAGAAAUGCAGUUCAGGGGUCCCCCUGGUGGGCAAUCUGAGAACGCGGCUCCUUGCGCUUCACGUCCUGGAGGCCGUCCUCCCGGCCUGCGAGUCAAGUGUCGAGGAUGACCAGAUGAUGCAGGUGGUCGAGCGCCUGUUUUCCCUCCUGUCUGACUGCAUGUGGGAGGCUCCUAUCGCACAAGCUAAGCAUGCCAUCUGCAUCAGAGAGAGAGAGCAGGAGUUAAAACUUCAGGGGGAGGCAGAGGAGGAGGACGAGAACCUCCCCAUUCAGGAGGUGUCUUUUGACCCCGAGAAGGCGCAGUGCUGCGUGGUAGAAAAUGGCCAGGGCCUGACCCACGGCAGCGGCGGCAAGGGCUAUGGCCUGGCCUCUACGGGGAUUUCCUCGGGAUGCUAUCAGUGGAAAUUCUACAUCGUUAAGGAGAACCGUGGUAAUGAGGGAACCUGUGUGGGUGUUUCCCGCUGGCCGGUGCACGAUUUCAACCACCGCACCACGUCGGACAUGUGGCUGUAUCGGGCCUACAGUGGGAACCUGUACCACAACGGUGAGCAGACGCUCACCCUGCCCAGCUUCACUCAGGGAGACUACAUCACGUGCGUGCUGGACAUGGAGGCACGGACCAUCUCCUUUGGCAAGAAUGGAGAGGAGCCCAAACUGGCCUUUGAAGAUGUGGAUGCCACUGAACUGUAUCCAUGUGUGAUGUUCUAUAGCAGUAACCCCGGAGAGAAGGUGAAGAUCUGUGACAUGCAGAUGAGGGGUACCCCCCGGGACCUGCUUCCAGGGGACCCCAUCUGCAGCCCCAUGGCCACGGUCCUGGCGGAGGCCACCACGCAGUUAAUCCGAAUCCUGCACCGCACCGAUCGCUGGACCCUCCACAUCAACCACAAUAUGAUGGAGCGCCUGCAUAAGAUCAAGGUCUGCUUUCGUGAGGGGGGCGGAGCAGGCGGGUGGGGCCAGAGGCUGCGCAAGAGUCGCUCUGUUCAGAGCCGCGAGGAGCACGACGUCCGCGACGAACCCCGGGAGGAGGAGCGGGGCCGGCACGGAAGGCACGGCCCGGGCGAGCUCUCGGAGGCGCAGCUGAAGGCGCUGUGCAUGGACGUGUGGCCCGUACUGGCCGUCAUCGGCGGCGUGGACGCCGGCCUUCGUGUGGGUGGCCGCUGUGUGCACAGGCAGACCGGCCGGCAUGCUACCCUGCUGGGCGUGGUCAAGGAGGGCAGCACGUCCGCUAAGGUGCAGUGGGAUGAGGCCGAGAUCACCAUCAGCUUCCCAACUUUUUGGUCACCUAGUGACACUCCGCUGUACAACCUGGAGCCCUGCGAGCCGCUGUCCUUCGACGUGUCGCGCUUCCGGGGACUGACGGCCUCGCUGCUGCUGGACCUCACCUGCCUAGCCAGUGUGCACGAGGACGCGGGGAGGCUGAGCGCCCGCCGGCAUGACCGCAAGCACCGGCACGAGUCUGAGGAGAAGGCGGAGCCCCAGGCUGAGGAGAGGGAGGGCGGCAGCGGGGGCAGUGACCUGCGCGUGUCUCACAGUCUAGACGAGGUCAAGGCUCACGCCGAAGCGGACAGCCAGCACGGCGCCGCUGAUGGCCGCAAGAGGCCCCAUGAGCACAGUGGGCGGGGCCAUGACGUGGCGCAGUCGGAAAUGCAUGCCGUGCAGCUCUCCUACCUCUACCUGGGCGCCAUGAAGACGCUGAGCGCCCUGCUCAGCUGCAGCAAGUACGCCGAACUGCUGCUCAUCCCCAAGGCCUUGACGGAGAGCAGCCACAACUCGGACUGCGCCACUUCGCCCGUCUCACAGGACGAGGUGGAGAUGCGGGCCGCCCUGCAAUUCCUCAUGCGGCACAUGGUCAAGCGGGCGGUUAUGCGCUCGCCCAUCAAGCGUGCACUGGGGCUGGCCGACCUGGAGAGGGCACAGGCCAUGAUCUACAAGCUGGUGGUCAGCGGUCUUCUGGAGGAUCAGUUUGGGGGAAAGGUGAAACCUGAGGUGGACGCGGAAGCAGAAGAGGCCGAGGGCGGCCAGCAGGCGCAGACGCCGGUGACCACCAGCCCCUCUGCCUCCAGCACGACGUCCUUCAUGAGCAGCUCCCUGGAGGACACCACCACGGCCACCACGCCUGUGACCGACACGGAGACCGUACCGGCUUCUGAGUCUCCCGGCGUCAUGCCUCUCAGUCUGCUCAGGCAAAUGUUCUCCAGCUACCCGACCACGACCUUGCUGCCGACACGUCGGGCACAGACCCCCCCAGUGUCCUCGCUCCCCACCUCCCCUUCUGACGAGGUGGGCAGGCGGCAGAGCCUGACCUCCCCCGACUCCCAACUGACCAGGCCGACAAACCGCACAGCCCUGUCAGACCCCAGCAGCAGGCUGUCUACCUCACCCCCGCCCCCCGCCAUCGCGGUACCCCUACUGGAGAUGGGCUUUUCCCUGCGUCAGAUCACUAAGGCCCUGGAGGCCACGGGAGCCCAAGGGGAAGCUGACGAGCAGAACAUCACGGUUCUGGCCAUGUGGAUGAUCGAGCACCCGGGCACGGAGGACGAAGAGGAGCGCCAUGCAGCGGGAGGGAUGGACUCUUGUCACGGAGCCAUGGCCUCGGGGGGAGGGGGCAAAUCCUUAGACAGGAACUACCCCACCUCGCCCGGCGACAUCCCCAAUGCAGACGCUGCUGAGAUGGAGGAGGGAUUCAGCGAGAGCCCAGAUGGCCUGGACCAGGAGAGCGCCUCUGCCUCCAGCGGUCCCACCCCCAGGGGGCGCUGCAGUGCCAGCAGGAAGCAUCGCUUUGACUUGGCAGCUCGAACCCUGCUGGCCCGGGCUGCAGGACUGUACCGCUCUGUCCAGGCGCAUCGCGGCCAGGGUCGACGUGACGGUUCGAGCCUGCAACAAGAUCCCGGCGCCCUCUACGACUUCAACCUCGAUGAGGAGCUUGAGAUUGACCUGGAUGACGAGACUAUGGAAGCCAUGUUUGGCCAGGACCUGGCCAAUGACACGGACAUUCUGGGAAUGUGGAUCCCGGAGGUAUUGGACUGGCCAACAUGGCAUGUCUGUGAGGCAGAGGAGCGGGAGGAGGUCGUGGUUUGCGAGCUGUGCGAGGCCAGCGUGGCUAAUUUCAACCAGCACAUGAAGAAGAACCACCCCGGCUGCGGCCGCAGCGCCAACCGGCAGGGUUACCGCAGCAACGGCUCCUACGUGGACGGCUGGUUCGGCGGCGAGUGUGGCAGCGGGAACCCCUACUACCUACUGUGCGGUGGCUGCAGGGAGAAGUACCUCUCUGUCAAGACCAAGGCCAAAGUGCCUGCGCUGGAAAGGUACAAAGGACAGGCACCAGACCUGCUGGGGAAGCAGGACAGUGUAUAUGAGGAGGACUGGGACAUGCUGGACGUUGACGAGGACGACAAGUUGACGGGAGAGGAGGAGUUUGAGCUGCUGGCUGGUCCGCUGGGCCUCAGCGAGCGUCGGAUGGUACCUGAAGCCGUGCAGUUCCCCGACAGUGACCCGCUCGGGGCCUCGGUUGCCAUGGUCACCGCCACCAACAGCAUGGAGGAGACGCUGCUGCAGAUAGGCUGCCAGGGCUCCGUGGAGAAGAGCUCCUCGGGCCGCGUUACUCUGGGCGAGCAGGCGGCGGCGCUGCUGAGCCCACACGACCGGAUCAUGGCGCUGAGGAGAGUGACGGCCGCUGCCCAGGUGCUGCUGGCCAGGACCAUGGUGAUGAGGGCACUGUCUCUGCUGUCGGUCAGCGGGUCCAGCUGCAGCCUGGCAGCCGGUCUAGAGUCCCUGGGCCUGACGGACAUCAGGACGCUGGUGCGGCUUAUGUGCCUGGCUGCCGCGGGCCGUGCGGGCCUCUCCACGGGCCCCACCACCGGCCCUGGGGCCACAGAGCGCCCCCGGGGGACCGCUAAGGCCAGCAAGCCCAUCUCCUGCUUGGCCUACCUGAGCACAGCCGUGGGCUGCCUGGCGUCCAACAGCCCCAACGCAGCCAAGCUUCUAGUGCAGCUGUGCACACAGAACCUGAUUUCUGCCGCCACCGGCGUGAACCUCACCACGGUGGAUGACCCCCUCCAGAGGAAGUUCCUGCCUAGUUUCCUCAGGGGUGCGGCGGAGGAGAACAAGCUGGUGACCUCGCCCAACUUCGUCGUCACGCAGGCUCUCGUGGCCCUGCUGGCGGACAAGGGAGCUCAGCUCCGGCCCAACUACGACAAGGCCGACGUGGAGAAGAGAGGGCCACUGGAGCUGGCCAACGCGCUGGCGGCCUGCUGCCUGUCGUCGCGGCUGUCCUCGCAGCACCGGCAGUGGGCGGCCCAGCAGCUGGUGCGCGCUCUGGCCGCGCACGACCGCGACAACCAGAGCCGCCCGCAGACCUUCGCCGACAUGGCAGGCGACCUGCGCAAAUGCUCUUUCAUCAAGCUGGAGGCUCACCAGAACCGGGUUAUCACUUGCAGUUGGUGCAGUAAAAAAGCUCUGCUGGCCACCAGCGGCACGGACGGGACGGUCCGGGUCUGGAACGUGACCAAAAGCCAGUAUGCCCUGCAGCAGACCUGCAUCUUCAACAAAGUGGACGGCUCCUCAGAGGAAGGCCUCAGCUGCCUGGGCUCUCCGGGGGACCCCAGCUUGUCCCCUGUCACCUGGAGCGUCACCGGAAAAUACCUAGCUGCUGCUAUGGAGAAGAUGGUGAACAUCUGGCAAGUCAAUGGAGGGAAAGGCCUGCUGGACGUGCAGCCGCACUGGGUGUCCGCCAUGACCUGGCCCGAGAAGGAGCCGCCGUCCUCGUGGCCCGGGGAUCCGCAGGAGGUGCUGCUGGUGGGCCGCAUGGACGGCUCGCUGGGUCUGAUCGAGGUGGCUGACGCCUCCACCAUGCGCAGGGUGGAGCUGGAGCACUGCUACAGGAAGGACGUGGCCAUCAUGCACAUUGCCUGGUACAGCGAGGACAGGCCGUUCGCCGUCGGCUAUGCAGACGGAAAGCUUCUGAUUGGCUCCAAAGAGCCGCUGGAGAAAGGAGCUGUGGUGGUCAUCGACGCACAUAAGGAGUCCAUCACGUGUAUGAAGUGGGCCCCCAGCGGGCAGGCGCUGCUCACCUGUGCCCGGGAGGAGACCGUCAACGUGUGGGUGUCCGCCGGCCCCCAGGGGCCCUGGAGCUGUCUGCAGGCCCUGACUCACCCUUCUGUGGUCAACGCCAUCGCUUGGUGUCCCCUGCCAGGCCGGAGCCCCAAGGCCCUCAACAUGCUGGCUACGUGCUGUCAGAAUGGCCUAGUGUGCGUCUGGGCCCUGCCUCAGGAUGCCGUCAGCUUCUCCGAGUGCAGCCACGGCCCGUCCGACGCCUGGUGGGAAAUGGACCCGAAAUGCAGGCCCAAGCACCCUUACAGGAAGCCUGGCGGAGCGACGUGCGUCUUUCAGCUCCGGGGCCACAUCACCUCUGUGCGGACCGUGGCCUUUAGCCCGGACGGUCUGGCGCUGGUGUCGGGUGGCACCGGUGGCCUCAUGAACAUCUGGUCUCUGCGGGACGGCUCGGUGCUACAAACCGUGGUGGCGGGUUCCGGAGCCAUCCAGAACAUCGUGUGGAUCCCGGAUGUGGGUGUGGCCGUGUGCUCCAACAGGUCCAAGGAUGUCCUGGUUGUGAACUGCACGUCCGACUUCCUGUCCUCCAACCACGUUCUGGCCACGUGCAGGACGGCCCUGAAGAGGCAGGGGGUCGCGGGCCUCCACAUGGCUCCUUGCAUGCGGGCGUUUCUGGAAAGGCUGCCCGUCAUGCUGCAGGAGCAGUAUGCCUAUGAGAAGCCGCAGGUGGUGUGCGGCGAGCAGCUGGUGCACAGUCCCUACAUGCAGUGCCUGGCCUCCCUGGCUGUGGGCCUCCACCUGGACCAGUUGCUGUGCAGGCCUCCGGUGCCCCCGCACCUGUCCCACUGCCCGCUGGAGCAGGGUGCCUGGAGCGCCAGCGAGUGGGCCUGGCUCGACUGCUUCUCCACCACCGUCAAGGCGGCCGAGGCGCUGGCCCGUGGCUGCUCCUUCCCGGACUCCUUCACCGUCCCUGACCUGGAGCCGGUGCCGAGGGAGGAGAUGGCGCUGCUGAUGGACAACAGUAAAUGGAUCUCUGGGAUGGACGAGCAGAUCAUGUGCUGGGCCACCUCCAGACCAGAGGACUGGCACCUGGGCGGGAAGUGCGACGUGUACCUGUGGGGGGCCGGACGGCACGGGCAGCUGGCCGAGGCCGGGAGGAACAUUCUGCUCCCGUCGGCAGCCACCUCCUUCUCGCAGGCCCAGCAGGUGGUGUGUGGCCAGAACUGCACCUUCGUCAUCCAGGCUAACGGCACCGUGCUGGCCUGCGGGGAGGGCAGCUACGGUAGGCUGGGCCAGGGCAACUCGGACGACCUGCACGUUCUCACCGUCAUCUCGGCCCUGCAGGGCUUUGUGGUGACCCAGCUGGUGACGUCCUGCGGCUCCGACGGCCACUCCAUGGCCCUGACGGAAAGCGGCGAGGUCUUCAGCUGGGGCGACGGCGACUACGGCAAGCUGGGCCACGGCAACAGCGACCGCCAACGCCGGCCGCGACAGAUCGAGGCAUUGCAGGGCGAAGAGGUGGUGCAGAUGUCCUGUGGCUUCAAGCAUUCGGCAGUGGUGACGGCAGACGGCAAGCUUUUCUCUUUCGGCAACGGCGACUACGGCCGCCUGGGCCUGGGGAACACGUCCAACAAGAAGCUUCCGGAAAGGGUCACGGCCCUAGAGGGCUACCAAGUGGGACAGGUGGCUUGUGGUCUGAAUCACACUCUGGCCGUUUCUGCUGACGGCAUGAUGGUGUGGGCCUUCGGAGACGGAGACUAUGGAAAACUGGGUCUCGGAAACUCAACUGCAAAAUCCUCUCCCCAGAAAGUGGAUGUCCUUUGUGGUAUCGGGAUUAAAAAGGUCUCCUGUGGCACCCAGUUUUCCGUCGCCCUGACGAAGGACGGCAACGUCUACACGUUCGGACAGGAUCGCCUGAUCGGGCUGCCCGAGGGCCGGGCGCGGAACCACAACCGGCCACAGCUGGUCCCCGCACUCUCGGGGGUCUUCAUCUCCGACAUCGCUGUGGGGGCGGAGCACACACUGGCGCUGUCCUCCACGGGGGAGGUGUACAGCUGGGGCAGCAACUCCGAGGGCCAGCUGGGCCUCGGCCACACCAACCACGUGCGAGAGCCCACGCUGGUGACCACGCUCCAGGGCAAGAACAUCCAGCAGAUCUCAGCCGGUCGCUGCCACAGCGUGGCCUGGACAGCCCCUCCCGUCCCACCUCGAGCUCCCGGAUCCUCUGUGCCUCUGCAGCUGGGUCUGCCAGUGGCAGUGCCUCCUCAAUACAGUGCCCUCAAGGAGGUCAGCAUGGAGGUGGUCCGUGCCAGGCUCCGCCUCCUCUACCAUUUCUCGGACCUCAUGUACUCCUCUUGGAGGCUGCUGAACCUCAGCCCCAACAACCAGAGCUGCACGUCACAUUACAACGUGGGGACGUGGGGCCUCAUCCAGGGGCAGCUGCGGCCUCUGCUAGCGCCUCGCGUCUAUACAUUGCCCAUGGUGCGCUCCAUCGGCAAGACGAUGGUGCAGGGCAAGAACUACGGACCGCAGAUCACCGUCAAAAGGAUCUCCACGCGCGGCCGGAAGUGCAAGCCCAUCUUCGUGCAGAUCGCACGGCAGGUGGUGAAGCUGAACGCCUCGGACCUGCGGCUGCCCUCCCGCGCCUGGAAGGUGAAGCUGGUGGGGGAGGGGGCCGACGACGCCGGCGGGGUGUUCGAUGACACCAUCACGGAGAUGUGCCAGGAGCUGGAGACUGGUGUCGUUGACCUUCUCAUUCCCUCUCCAAACGCCACAGCUGAAGUCGGCUACAACCGAGACAGGUUCUUGUUCAACCCUUCAGCCUGCCUGGAUGAGCAUCUCCUGCAGUUCAAGUUCCUGGGCAUCCUGAUGGGGGUGGCCAUCCGUACCAAGAAGCCUUUAGACCUGCACUUGGCCCCCAUGGUGUGGAAGCAGCUCUGCUGUAUCCCCCUGGUUUUGGAGGACCUGGAGGAGGUUGACCUUCUCUACGUCCAGACCCUCAACAGCAUUCUUCACAUUGAAGACAGCGGGAUUACUGAGGAAAAUUUCCAUGAGAUGAUUCCUCUCGACUCCUUCGUGGGCCAGAGCGCAGACGGGAAGAUGGUUCCCAUAAUUCCAGGAGGAAACAGCAUCCCUCUCACCUUCUCCAACAGGAAGGAGUAUGUGGACCGCGCUAUCGAGUACCGGCUCCAUGAACUGGACCGCCAGGUGGCCGCGGUGCGCGAGGGCAUGUCCUGGAUCGUGCCCGUGCCACUGCUCUCCCUGCUCACGGCCAAGCAGCUGGAGCAGAUGGUGUGCGGGAUGCCCGAGAUCUCCGUGGACGUCCUGAAGAAGGUGGUGCGCUACCGCGAGGUGGACGAGCAGCACCAGCUGGUGCAGUGGUUCUGGCACACCCUGGAGGAGUUCUCCAACGAGGAGCGUGUGCUCUUCAUGCGCUUCGUGUCGGGCCGCUCCCGUCUGCCCGCCAACACCGCUGACAUCUCGCAGAGGUUUCAGAUCAUGAAGGUCGACCGGCCCUUUGACAGCCUGCCCACCUCCCAGACCUGCUUCUUCCAGCUCCGCCUUCCUCCCUACUCCACUCAGAGCGUUAUGGCCGAGCGACUGCGCUACGCCAUCAACAACUGCCGCUCUAUCGACAUGGACAACUACAUGCUGUCCCGCAACGUGGACAACGCAGAGGGCUCCGACACUGACUACUGACACAGCACAACCCGCGCUCAGACCCCCGAGGCGCACUGGGUGGGGUUGGGGGCACCAGACACCCCAAAGGCCCCCUGCCCGCCGUGUGGGAACUCGAGCCAAAAGCGUUUGCAAAACUCGCCACUUUUUAAGUAUCCAAUGUACUUGCGAAUGUUAUGGAGUUUUUAUUUCACCUUGUGGUUUAUUUGAAGUCCAAACAAUCAGCGCCGGCAGUGCAUGGAGUCAUUCUCCUCUGCCCCCCCCCCCCCCCCCAUCCUCUCUUUGAGGCCUCCUUUACGUUUGCAUGGUGGUAUGUCUGUUUUGUUUGGCGCUGUUCUUAGAGUAAGGAGUUCAAUGACAAUUAAAGGACGAACACUUGUACAUUGUGUAUAAUGUUUCAUUAGGAAAAAAAGUUUUACAUAAAUAUUCAUAUUUAUUUUGUUUUAAUUUUCAAUUUGAGUUUCUUAAAGCAGAAAACAAAAAUAAAAGCAUCAAUUCUA